AUGGCUAACGCGGUAACUCAAUUUGAAAAUAUCUCAAGGAAAGACAAGAGACGGCACAACUUCGAAUCCCGUGUCAAUAAGAUUGUGCGGAGCUUUUCUGUUGACAAAGAUGCACACUAUCGCGACCGACUUACCACGUUGCAGACGACUUUAACCACGCUGCAUCAGGGCAACAGCAGCCAGUUUCUGCGCCAGCUGCGAGACUUGGAAGAGGAAAGAGACUUGGAGCUGGUGAGUCUACGACUGUUCGAGGAGUACCGUGUAGAUCGCUCGCGUAUCGAGUUCCAGGAAGAUCUCGAGAAGACGAAGGCUGAACAUGAAAAGAUCAUCAAGCUGUGCAAGGAGAAGCUGUACGAGUCUCUGGAGUCCAAGAUGAAAAAACUACAGGAGGAACGGCUCCUUAUGGACGUGGCCAAUGCACAUUCAUACUCCAUGGAUUACUCACGGUCCAAGUUCCAGAAAACGACACGCAGUGCCACGGCCACCGCGUGGGACUCGUCUCCCAACGAAUUUGGCAAAGAGGCCUCCGCAAAUGAAAGUGCUACAGACACUGGCACCGAAAGAAGGUCGCUGAGACGUCGGCUGGCGACCACAGCCACGUCUCGCGCCAUGAGCGACGAGCCAGACCUAACAUCUGCCAAAGAAUCGCCCGCUCCACCCAACUACGCUAGUGAGAGCUCUGAUUCUCUAUUUUUGCAGGGUCUAAGCGACUCGUCAGAGCUACACGUCCUAUUAUUCGGUGACAAAGAAAGGGAGAAGAAAAAGACCAGAGGAACCAACCGGCUGUCGACCAAAGCCGCACCACCGCUGUCAUCUCUGAAACCAGAGGAAGUAACAGAGGAUAUUGCGCUGAUUAGAACGCUCUCAGGUCAACCACCAGCACCAUUCAAGAACUGA